GGUGCCGGCGGCGCGGGAGGGCGGCACAGGGCCGGGCCCCGCCACCGCCGCGGGCAGAGCCGCACCGGAGCCCCUCGCUGCACCGAGAUCUGCUGCGCGGUGCCUGGCUUUCACUGCGCGGACCACCCCCCCACCCCCCCCCCACCCCGGCUCUACCGCCCCGCUGCACGGACCCCCGGAUCCCACUACAUCGAAACUCGUUGCGCGGACCCCCGGACCCCAUCGCACCGAGCCCCGCCACACGGUGGCCGGCACCCCCGUUGCACCGGACCCCCCGCUCCCCAUCGCGCGGACCGCCGGUGCGGCGGGCAUGGCAUCGGGGAGCCGGCCCUGGGCGGCCCCGCUGCUGCUGCCGCUGCUGCUGCCGCUGCUGCUGCCGGCGGCGUGCCGGGCGGGCGGCGGGUGCGCGGGGGAGGGCGGCCCGCUGGAGCCCUUCGACGCGCUGUACGCCGGCGGCGUGGAGGCGUACUACGGCGGCGACUUCGCGGGCGCGGCGCGGUGCCUGGAGCGGGCGCUGCGCAGCCGGCGGGAGCUGCGGGCCGCGCGGUUGCGGUGCCGGCGGCGCUGCCGCGGGCAGGUGCGGUUGGCGGCGCCGGGGCCGGGCUCCGCCGGUGACCUGCCCUUCUUCGGCUCGGUGCUGCGGCGCGCCGGCUGCGUGCGGCGCUGCGAGGAGCCGCGCCUGGGAGCCGCCUCCCGCCACCGCGCCGCCGAGGAGGUGCGCGCCGACUUCCAGCGCAGGGUGCCCUACAGCUACCUGCAGCGCGCCUACAUCCAGCUGAACAAGCUGGAGGAGGCAGCAAAUGCAGCUCACACCUUCUUUAUGGCAAACCCUGAGCACAUGGAGAUACAACAGGACAUCGAGAACUACAAGACCACAUCAGGGAAAGUCAGCUUGAUUGACCGGGAGGCCAGGCAGCACAUGGAGGACUACAGUGCUGGAGUAAAGCACUACGACAAAGAGGAAUACGAGCUGGCCAUUGAGUUCUUGGAGCGUGCACUGAAAGGGUACUACUCCGAGGAUGAAGACUGCCAGAUCAUGUGCGAGGGACCUCAGAGAUUUGAGGAGCACGAGUACCUGGAAUAUAAGGCUGGCCUCUAUGAAGCUAUUGCAGACCACUACAUGCAAGUCCUGGCCUGCAAACAUGACUGUGUCCGAGAGCUCGCCACGCGUUCAGGCCGUAUCUCGCCCAUCGAAAAUUUCCUUCCCCUCCAUUAUGACUACUUGCAGUUUGCCUAUUACAGAGUUGGUGACUACGUAAAAGCCCUGGAGUGUGCCAAGACCUACCUCCUCUUCCACCCAGACGAUGAAGAUGUCUUGGAGAAUGCAGGUUAUUAUGAGGGCCUCUUGGAAGGUACAGUGGAUCCACACACCAUCAAACCCAGAAAGGAAGCAAAAACGCUGCUGCGGCGCCAUAAGCUGGAGUCUCACCUCUUGCAGGUGGCUGCAGCCGGCCUGGGAUACACCUACACAGAGCCGAACUACUGGAACAGGUACGGCGCCCGCCAGGAUGAGCACAGUGUCCCAUCAAGUAUUAGCAGUGAACCAGAGGAUGGGCCACGGCUGUCCCUGGCAAAGAAACCCAUGCCAAAGCCAGAUCGAGAGUUGAAGGAGGGGGGUCCGCUUCUUUACAGCGACGUGAAGUUUGUCUACAACUCACAGCAGCUGAAUGGCACCCAGCGAGUACUACUGGAUAAUGUCAUCUCGGAGGAGCAGUGCCGAGAGCUUCACAGAGUGGCCAGUGGGAUCAUGCUGGCUGGAGACGGUUACAGGGGAAAAACCUCCCCUCACACCCCGAAUGAGAGAUUUGAAGGAGCCACUGUCCUCAAAGCCCUCAAGUAUGGCUAUGAGGGCCGCGUCCCGCUGAAGAGUGCCCGGCUCUUCUAUGAUAUCAGCGAGAAGGCUCGCAGGAUCGUCGAGUCCUACUUCAUGCUGAACUCCACGCUCUACUUCUCCUACACCCACUUGGUGUGCCGCACCGCUCUGUCUGGCCAGCAGGAGAGGAGGAAUGACCUGAGCCACCCCAUCCAUGCUGACAACUGCCUCUUGGACCCUGAGGCCAAUGAGUGCUGGAAGGAGCCUCCUGCCUACACCUUUCGGGAUUACAGUGCCCUCCUGUAUAUGAAUGCAGAUUUCGAAGGAGGCGAGUUCAUUUUCACUGAGAUGGAUGCCAAAACUGUGACGGCCUCCAUCAAGCCCAAGUGUGGGCGAAUGAUCAGCUUCUCAUCAGGAGGUGAGAACCCCCACGGGGUGAAGGCAGUUACCAAAGGCCAGCGGUGUGCUGUGGCUCUCUGGUUCACCUUGGACCCACUGUACAGAGAGCUGGAGCGAAUCCAAGCAGAUGAAGUGAUCGCCAUGCUGGACCAGGAGCAUCUAGGACCCAGUGAAAUGAAUAUCAACCCAAAGGAUGAGCUAUGAACUAGGCCAAAGACUUUUUCUAUUAUAUAUUUAUUUAAUAUUGUUAAUCUUAUUAGAACCCUUCUAUUUUUGUACAGAGACGCUGUAUAAAUUAACAGGUUAAUAUGGUUGUGGAUUUCAGGAGUGCCUCUUCUGUGUUUAGCACAGCUCUUGCUGGGACCCCUUAUCCUGUGCCAGCAUCUCCUGCUGGGGCUGACUCCGCCACCAGCAGCAUUCCCUGUUCUUCUCUAGCACUUCUCAGGACUCAUUCCGGCUCACUAUACCCCCUUGCAGGACCUUUUUUUUUUUUUCUUUCUUAACCAGAAAUAGCUGCUUUUCUUUAGCUUCUGCUAGAGAAAUGUCUCAGGUGUGCUAACAGCCCAGUCUUGCUGCCCCUGCUAAGUGCUAGGCUGAAGACCGGGGCAGUGCUGCCGUGGGGGAAAUGAGCAUGAGUCAGUUGGGGCUGGCCUUCCCAUCUUGGCAUCCUUCACCCUUUGAAAUAAUGCUUUUUAGGGAAAAAAGCGAAGGAAACCCCAAGCCCUAGCAAAAUGCAUGUCUCUGUGUAGCCAUGCAAAGCUGGAGUCUGGGCAUUAAUUCUGAGUAGAGCUUCCAGAAAUCACCUGCUGGGCAGGGGCACGAGCUGUGCACAGGCAUGAAGGGGUUUGAUUUGCAGCUGACGCUGGUGAAACAGGGUCUGUCACGCAUGUUCAGUCCCUUCUCUGGCUAAUACCCUGGGAUGCACGAAAUAAACUGUUUCACACUUGCACCCUUUGAGCUUCCAGCCCAGUGCUGCUGCUGGUAAAUUCCAAAGUUAAAAUAUCAUCACUUCCUGGUCCAUGUUGGAAAAGAGCUGAAAGACUUAGGGAAGUUACAGUGUUAUGGUGUUGGAUGAUCAUGGUGCGGCUUUGUACUCGGGAUGUCCUGGCUGUGUCCUCCAGUCUGGCAGUGCAGAAGCAGAUGUUCAUGGUGUGGUGGCAUCUAUUUGCUCAGGGUAUUUCUGACCCAGUUUGAGGGUGUUGCAGUGAAAGUACAUGUCACAUCACAAGAGAUUUACUAUGCCAGUAACUGCUGCUAAGCUAGUAAAUCAUCUCUGUCCCAUCAUUAAAUCAAAUCCUGUGCAUGGGAUCAGAGCAGCCACUAUCUCAGUCAGAACAAGCACUAAGUCACGGAAUUGCCCGUGCCCCAGACAUAGGGACAGCUCUUAUUUUGACCCAACAACUGCUCCUUGCUGCUAGAAAGAAGUUCCUAAAAGGCCAGUUGCAGCAAUCUUCACUGUUGAAUUUCUCUCUGGGAAGCACUGCAGGGAUCUUGGCUGGAGUUUGCAUCCCUGAGCAUCUUUGCUCAGCACCCUGCAGCAUUGGCACUUUCUCAGUCCUUUUCCGCUCCUCUGCCAGCUUUGGCAUUCCCAGCACUUAAAAUCUGCAAUAGGGAAUUGUCUUUUCUCUUUGUUCAUGCAGCUUGUGCCUAUCCAAACCUUCCAGGCUCUGAAGCACCUUCUUCCCAUGCAGAGGCCGUAGACAAGGAUGGCCCUUCUGUAGAGACCUCCUCAAAAACUGGUCCUGGGCAAGAUAGAGGGGAGCUCAACACAUCUAGAAAACAAAAUGCACAGACCGGGAAGCAGGCACCAUUACCACCUAGAAAGUGAUGGAAGAGUUAUUUGCUGCACCUCCUCCAAUGUCGAAUCUGCAGGGGAGAAAGCUCUGCGUGUUUCUGAGCCACCAGAGUGGUGCGUUUCUUUGAGGUUGUCUAUUUCCCUUCCUCAUAGACCACUGAAAAGAUUUGUUGUGUUGUCUCCCCAAAGAACUUCCCACAGGUCUCUGCCUUCAGACACCCUUCCCUGCUUAAAUGCUUCUUCUGUAAAUGCUUAAACCCCCUUUUAAAAGCAGCUAGAGGAAAAGCUGGGGGAAAGAAGAGGAAGGCAGCUGGAGACCUGAAACACCAGUUAUGCUGACCCCCUGCCUGCACCAUGCUAUUUCAUCCAAGGCUUGACUCCUGUGUGCUGUACCUUCGGUGCAAGUUUGUGCUGCUAUUCCCUGACAGCCAUGUCUGCCUGAGCGCAUCCUGCAGAGCUGCCCCCUCCAAGCAGCUCAGUGCAGCCCCUGCCCUCCCGGGGCUGCAGGGAUCCCCCUGGCUGGUCCUCCUGGGGGGAGGCGAGGGGCUGGCACCAGUCAUGGCUUGUUUGCUGCUGAGGUGGUUAGCCAGAGCUGUGUCUAAAUCCAGGCGGAAUAAACUAAACACAACA